UGCGAGCUUCAGCCCGUCAUCAGCAGGAGGCGGCCGCCAGCUUGGCUGAGGGCAGAAAGGUGCCGGGAUGCAGGGUGGACAAACAGCCCAACACUAAACCCACGCAGGAGUGGCUGGAAACCUGCCACUGCUCCCGCGAGAGCAGGCCCGCCGGCCCUCAGCGUCCCGGGAGCGCCGCGCCUUCGGGGCGCCUGCGAGGCCAUGGGGAGGAUCGGGCUGCAGCUGCGCGCCACGCUGGAGAACAUCACCCGGCUGCGGGCCGAGGGGGAGGACUUCCGCUGGUACCUCAAGCUGAAAUGUGGGAACUGCGGUGAGGUUUCUGAGAAGUGGCAGUACCUGCGCCUGAUGGACAGUGCUCCCCUGAAAGGAGGCAGAGGAAGUGCCACUAUGGUGCAGAAGUGCAAGCUGUGCUCCAGGGAGAACUCCAUCGAGAUUUUAAGCCAGACAAUCAAACCUUACAACGCUGAAGACAGUGAGAAAUUCAAAACUAUAGUGGAGUUUGAAUGCCGAGGUCUGGAGCCAGUUGACUUUCAACCACAGGCAGGGUUCGCUGCUGAAGGUGCAGAAUCUGGCACGCCUUUCAAUGACAUCAACUUGGUAGAAAAGGAUUGGAAUGACUAUGAUGAAAAAACAAAGGAAUCUGUUGGGAUCUAUGAAGUUACCCAUAAAUUUGUAAAAUGCUAAAGUUCAUACCCCAAAUAAAUCCUGACCUGCUUGCUGGUGAAGGAGCUGUAACCAUCACAGACACAAUUUCCUGGGAGUUACUUCGCAGAUUGCUCUACUUUACCAAUGGGAUCCUACGUUGUGCUUAACCGUCCCCAGCAUGCCCUACUGAAAUACUUUCCACAGAGCUCUUGGAGUCAGCCUCAGUAAAAACUCAAAGCCCUACUGGAAGCAGUAUUCUUGGCUGCACUGUGCCAUUGUCUUCAUGUUGUCUUUUGGGGGAUGUAUAGAUUGUGGUGGACUGGAGCUUCGCAGGAUCACAGGAUGUUAGGAGUUGGAAGGGCCUCUGGAGAACAUCGAGUCCAACCCCCCUGCCAGAGCAGGGCCAUAGAACCUAGUGCAGGUCACAGAGGAAUUGCAUCCAGACAGGUCUUGAAAGUCUCCAGAGAAGGAGACUUCACAACCUCUCUGAGGAGGCUAUUCCAGUACUCUGUGACCCUCAAGUUUCUCACAUUGUGAAGCUUACUGUGCCGUAGUUCACAUCCAUUGCCCCUUGUCCUAUCACAGGGCACAAGUGGGCAGAGGCUGUCCCUUCCUUCCUGACACCC